AUGCAUCUGCUUUUUUUUUUUUGUUGGUACAACAUAAUUUUAUAUCAGGACGCAAAUUUUGUCGGAAGUGAGCUCGAGGUCAUCAAGUCAUUCUCCGCCGGGCUCCGUUCUAUUUCUUGGUGUGUUCUAUUUAGCGAGCGACAAGCUGGCAAAAGUUGGCUGUUGGGGAGAUUGGAAAAAAAGGAAGCUACAGGGCGAGGAUCGGCUUUGGAAUAUCACUUUAUUAACGUUCACACUGAUUACCGAGACGCGAGUUAUGCUUACCAGUUAAGCAGUGCAGGUAGCAAACUGAUUACGGAAAUUUUAUCACUAAAAGUACCAUUUUAUGUUCUUCUACCUUUUUCCUUUCGCUUUUCAAUCUUUAGUUCUGGAGUUGCUCCUGGCGAAAGUGUUACUUUACCUGUUUGGGUUUUGGAUGGGCAUGAGGCUUUUGCUCCUCUUACAAAGUUCGCGCUAACAUCUGCGUUGGGUCGCUGUGUUAUCGUCCUUUGUGCUUCAUUUUCCAAUCCGGGGUCAAUUUUACCAUCUUUAAACAAAUGGGCAGAUUUAAUUGAUGCACAGAUUCGAAGCAUAUUUUCAAGUGCUGCAAUAUCUGAAGCACGGCAAGCACAAGAGUUAUUCUGGCAGGAAUACGUAGAACCCUUAGACAGUUCUAUGCAUAGCGACAAAAUCCCUUCAUUAGAAACUGAACAUGAGUUACUGCCGCUGGAGCAAAAUGUGCUCACAAAGAACUGUGGGGCAGCAGUUGUAGUUGUUUUGACAAAAUGCGACUUGGCAAGGUCUGAGUUAUCUGAUGACCAAUUAGAUCGCCUUCAGUUUCAUGUCCGUAAAUUUUGCAUGGAACACGGGGCUGCUUUGAUUUAUACUUCGGCCAAAGAGGAGAAAAAUACUGCUUUGUUGUAUAAAUACUUGGUGCAUCGGGCGUGUAAUUUGCCUUUUACUACUGCCGCACAUGUCAUUGAAAGGGAUAGCGUUUUUGUGCCGGCAGGAUGGGAUACCGAGAAAAAACUGGAUAUUUUGAAAGAAAGUACUCGUGAUGUUGAGAUGCCACUGGAGGUUGUUUUUACAGGUUCUUGUAUGUGUGAAUGGCACAGUUUUUCAUUUUAUCUUUUGUCACUACUUCCUCUUACGUAAUU